AUGCCCCCGCCUGGCCUGGGCAAACUGAUUGCGGCACUGGGGAAAGGCUCCCGGCGCUCGGACGGCUCGGACGGCUCCGAGGAGCGAGAGUCGCGCGGAGAGGAGCGGCGGCGCAAAGAACUCCAAGCCGAUGCACUGGGAGUCCCCCGCGGACCAUGCAAAAUGUGCAGAGUUUGUCCAGGAUUCCAGGGUGGGCUCCUCUUCUGGCCACGGGAAGAUGAGACUGGUGCUUCGCUCGUACCGACGAGCUUGAGGGCUCCGGCCCGAUGCCUUCGCUGCGGCUGUCCGAGCCACCAGCAUCAAAGCCUCGAGACCUGGCUUCACGAGGUGCAGCAGCGGGCAGCCCGAGUACGCUCACUCGUGCGGAGCUGGAGGCCAUGCCCGUUGCAUCCUCGACUCCCCUUCGUGGCCCCGAGCUGGACCAUUAGCGAAGCUGCGUUGUUCGUGCUCACCGAUGGCAUCUUCGACCCUCAGGAUCGUGUGCCUCACCGACCGGCCCGAGAGGGCGAGUUGAUCUCCGUGGUCGCUCCGACCAGCUUUGUACGUCACGGCUUCCACCCUCUCCUCUACGAGUGUUUCCGACUCCAGGACUACGAACCCAAGCAGCUGGUUGUGGUGGACACUGGGCCAUGUGCCUCCAACUUCAUGCAGGCGAGGGCCCGCGAGGACCCGCGCGUGGUGUACCGGCACUACCAGGUCGCCGACUCGCGAAUGGACAUGCCGGAAGGAUGGAAGGAAGGCAAACCGGUCACCUUCAGCAUCGGCGACCAGAAUGUUUGGACAGAGUCCGGCUCAGAGGCAUCUGCAUCCUGGUCUCUGGGUCUCAAGCGGAACGUAGCCAUCCAGCUCGCUCAAGGCGAGAUCUUGGCCCAUUUCGAUGAUGACGAUCUUUAUGCCAGCGGCUACCUCACGUGGAUGAAGCAGCGCCUGGACAAGACCCUGGACAAGGCACGAAGAGAAAACGAGAAGAAGGAGAUGGAGAAAGAGAAGCAGCCGGCCCUGCACAAAGAGUCCAGGCUCAUCCCUGUGGCCAUAACCCUACGAGAGUGGCAUCUGCUGGACUUGUCUGAUAUGACCUUCGGGUUCAUGGACGUCGAAAGGGACCCCUUGAUCCCUCGAGAACAAAGACAUGGCUGGCUCUACGGCUGGGGCUUCUCUUACAUGUUCACGAGAGCAUGUUGGGAGCUCACCCCGGUGCCGGACGUCGAGUGGUCCGAGGACAUCAGCUUUUACGAGGAGUUGCGGCGCUUGCAGGUUCCUGUGGUGCCAGUCCCACUGCCUCCGGGCCGCGAGGCUGUGUGUGCUCACAGCUACCACGUCAAGGUGAAUACCAGCGGUGGAGAGUUCUCGGGUGCACUGCGCUGUGGCGAACCGGUGGCAGAACCCCCUGAAGCCUUUACGGAGCUGCUCCCGUUUGCCAAAGCGGCCACAGCAUCGGCGUUGCAACGGAGGUCAGCAGAUCUUGCCACAGGAGAGAAACAAGGCUUUCGAGUCAGUCUCUCUGAGAAAAAGGAGUUUCUGCAGUGCCGAGGGCAGGCCUGGUUCGCGUACCAGCAGCAGAGUGCUGAACGCAAGGGCAACGUGAGGGGUCAGGCCAAGUCUAUCGCGACAUGGCCCACAUCGCCGGCGCCUUCGUGA